UAAUGUGUUUGACCCCGAAUUUUGUGUGUUGUGUUGGUCACCUCUCUCUCCGCCAUGACGGCGCAUCUAAUGUUCCUCCUUUCGAUUCUUCUUCUUUCUCUUCUCUAACCAAAAACAAAAAAAAAAUAAACUCUCACUUCUUUUUUUUUUUUUUUUUUUUUUUUUUUUUNGAUCAUCUGACAGUAACAAAAUCAUCCUUGUUUUGAAACUGUCAGAUCAUCUCAGUCUCUUUGUCCUUCUUUUUUUUUUUUCUUGUUUCCAACAGUCUAAGAACAAAAAGGUUUCAACUUUUUUGUGUGUUUGAACCAAAUUAAAAAAAUUCAGCAUUUUGAUUUGCUGUUAUUAUUUCCAGGUGGGGGGAGGGAAACAAUGACUUGUCCGAAUCUUGGCACUUUCUCUGUGUUUUUAUCUUGUUCGUCUUUGUCUUCCCAAUUUGUUUGGAUGAUGAGAUGAUACACAUUUUUUUUUUUUGGUUAUAAAAAGCAGACAAAUUGAACAGUUGAAGCAGAUAGAUAUACACACACAUUUUAUUGAGAUCUCCCCUCCUCUCUCUUGUUUCCUUCUUCUUCUUCUUCUUCAUAGCUCUGUUUUUAAAAAUCUCAACUUUCUCAAAGAUCAUCCCUUCAGCUCUCUCACUCACUUGAUCUCUGAUCUUUUUUUUUCCCGAGAAAAUUCCUCAUUUUCCCGAGAAAAUAAAUUAAAAAAAUUCGAAGAAAACGAGGUCUGAUUAUAUAAACCAAUCAAGUCACGGUCUUCUCUGCUUUUUUCCUCUCUGUUCUGUUCGGUUGGUUUCACGGUUUCUUGAAUAUCUGAAAACAAAAUUGCAGAUUUUGUUUCAGUAAAGAUUCCAACUUUGGCUUCUCAAGUAGCUGCUGCAAGGUGUUUAAAAUGGCAGGAGGUGGAACAAAGAGAAGAAGGAGAAGACUACAACUAAGUAAGCUAUACACGCUUUCAUGUGGUAAAGCAUGUUUUAAGAAAGACCAUUCUCAAAUCGGAGGACCUGGUUUCUCUCGCGUUGUUUACUGCAACGAACCUGAUUCCCCUGAAGCUGAUUCUAGGAACUACAGUGAUAACUAUGUGAGGACUACUAAGUACACUCUUGCUACUUUUUUACCCAAAUCACUGUUUGAGCAGUUUAGGAGAGUCGCCAAUUUCUACUUCUUGGUUACUGGGAUCUUGGCUUUCACUCCUCUUGCUCCUUAUACUGCUUCUAGUGCCAUUGUUCCUCUCCUUUUCGUUAUUGGUGCUACUAUGGUUAAAGAAGGUGUUGAAGAUUUGCGCAGGCAAAAACAGGAUAAUGAGGUGAAUAAUAGGAAAGUUAAAGUGCAUAGAGGUGAUGGUAACUUUGAUUUAAAGGAGUGGAAGACUUUGAGUAUUGGAGAUAUAGUGAAGGUAGAGAAGAAUGAGUUUUUCCCUGCAGAUCUUGUUCUGCUUGGUUCUAGCUAUGAAGAUGCUAUUUGCUAUGUUGAAACGAUGAACCUUGAUGGGGAGACUAAUCUGAAAGUUAAACAAGGACUUGAAGUAACUUCGUCUUUGCGUGACGAAGUUAACUUCAAGGGCUUUGAGGCUUUUGUCAAAUGCGAGGAUCCAAAUGCUAAUUUGUAUUCUUUUGUUGGUACCAUGGAGCUUAGGGGAGCUAAAUACCCUCUCUCACCACAACAGCUUCUUUUGAGAGACUCAAAACUCAGGAACACAGAUUUCAUCUUUGGAGCUGUUAUCUUCACUGGUCAUGACACAAAGGUUAUUCAGAAUUCAACAGAUCCUCCAUCUAAGAGAAGCAUGAUUGAAAAGAAGAUGGAUAAGAUCAUCUACCUAAUGUUCUUUAUGGUGGUUGCUAUGGCGUUUAUUGGUUCUGUUAUCUUUGGAGUUACAACAAGAGAAGAUCUUAAAGAUGGUGUGAUGAAGAGAUGGUAUCUGAGACCAGAUAGCUCCAGGAUCUUCUUUGACCCCAAACGAGCUCCCAUUGCUGCAGUCUAUCACUUUCUAACGGCGAUUAUGCUUUACAGUUAUUUCAUUCCUAUAUCUUUGUAUGUCUCAAUAGAGAUUGUUAAAGUCCUUCAGAGCAUCUUCAUCAACCAGGAUAUACACAUGUACUACGAGGAAGCUGACAAGCCAGCUCGUGCACGUACCUCUAACCUGAAUGAAGAACUUGGCCAAGUGGAUACAAUUCUUUCAGACAAGACGGGAACAUUGACUUGUAACUCCAUGGAGUUCAUCAAGUGUUCUAUUGCUGGUAUCGCUUAUGGCCGUGGUGUUACUGAGGUGGAGAUGGCUAUGGGAAGCAGAAAAGGUUCUUCUUUGGUGUUUCAGAGUAAUGAGAAUGAUGAUAUGGAAUUUAGUAAAGAGGCAAUUACUGAAGAAUCAACUGUGAAAGGAUUCAACUUUAGAGAUGAAAGGAUCAUGAAUGGAAACUGGGUCACUGAGUUUCAUGCCAGUAUGAUUCAGAAAUUUUUCAGAUUACUCGCGGUAUGCCAUACAGUGAUACCUGAAGUGGAUGAGGAUACAGAAAAGAUCACUUAUGAGGCUGAGUCGCCUGAUGAAGCAGCGUUUGUUAUUGCAGCAAGGGAGCUUGGGUUUGAAUUUUUUAACAGAACUCAAACUACUAUUGCGGUAAGAGAGCUUGAUCUACUGACUGGCAAACGAGUUGAAAGGUUGUACAAAAUCUUGAACGUUCUUGAGUUCAACAGCACGAGGAAAAGAAUGUCAGUUAUAGUGCAGGAUGAAGAUGGGAAACUCUUAUUACUUUGUAAAGGAGCAGAUAAUGUUAUGUUUGAAAGACUUUCCAAGAAUGGUAGAGAGUUUGAAGAGGAAACACGGGACCAUGUGCACGAGUAUGCUGAUGCAGGACUGAGAACUUUGAUACUUGCAUAUCGUGAACUUGAUGAGAAAGAAUAUAAAGUUUUCAAUGAGAAAAUCAGUGAAGCCAAGAGUUCGGUUAGCGUUGAUAGAGAAUCGCUGAUAGAGGAAGUCACAGAGAAGGUUGAGAAAGACUUGAUUCUCCUUGGAGCAACUGCUGUUGAAGAUAAACUCCAAAAUGGAGUCCCUGAUUGCAUUGACAAGCUUGCUCAAGCAGGCAUAAAGAUUUGGGUUUUGACUGGUGACAAAAUGGAGACUGCUAUCAAUAUUGGCUUCGCUUGUAGUUUGCUCAGACAAGACAUGAAGCAGAUCAUAAUCAACUUGGAGACCCCUGAAAUCCUAUCACUGGAAAAAACUGGAGAAAAAGAUGCCAUUACAAAGGCAUCAAAAGAAAAUGUCUUGGCUCAGAUAAUUAAUGGAAAGACUCAGUUGAAGUAUUCUGGUGGGAACUCUGAUGCAUUUGCUUUAAUCAUUGAUGGAAAAUCACUUGCUUACGCGUUGGAUGAUGAUGUAAAACACAUCUUUCUUGAGCUAGCUGUUGGUUGUGCAUCUGUCAUCUGUUGCCGGUCAUCACCAAAACAGAAAGCUCUGGUGACAAGACUAGUAAAAUCUGGAAAUGGUAAAACGACAUUAGCAAUUGGUGAUGGCGCUAAUGAUGUUGGAAUGCUUCAAGAAGCAGAUAUAGGCGUUGGAAUUAGCGGUGUGGAAGGAAUGCAGGCUGUAAUGUCCAGCGACAUUGCGAUUGCUCAAUUCAGAUAUCUGGAACGUUUGUUACUUGUCCAUGGACACUGGUGUUACAGGCGUAUCUCGACAAUGAUUUGCUACUUCUUCUACAAGAACAUUACAUUCGGUUUCACGCUCUGCUUAUAUGAAACAUACACAACAUUCUCAUCGACACCUGCCUACAACGACUGGUUUCUAUCUCUUUUUAAUGUCUUUUUCUCAUCCCUUCCGGUUAUUGCUCUCGGUGUCUUCGACCAGGAUGUCUCCGCACGGUAUUGUCUAAAGUUUCCGCUUUUAUAUCAAGAAGGUGUGCAGAAUGUUCUAUUCAGCUGGCGCAGGAUACUUGGCUGGAUGUUCAACGGAUUCUACAGUGCAAUAAUCGUUUUCUACCUCUGCAAAAGUUCUCUCCAAUCUCAAGCUUUCAACCACGAUGGGAAAACUGCAGGAAGAGAAAUCCUAGGGGGGACAAUGUACACUUGCAUUGUGUGGGUUGUGAAUUUGCAGAUAGCAUUAGCUAUCAGUUACUUCACUCUGAUCCAGCACAUUGUGAUUUGGAGCUCCAUCGUUGUUUGGUACUUUUUCAUCACGGUGUAUGGAGAACUUCCAUCAAAUAUAUCAACCGGUGCAUAUAAAGUCUUUGUUGAAGCUCUAGCGCCUUCACUUUCUUACUGGCUCAUUACUCUCUUCGUCGUUGUCACAACGUUGAUGCCUUACUUCAUCUACUCUGCACUUCAGAUGAGCUUUUUCCCAAUGUACCAUGGGAUGAUACAAUGGCUAAGGUACGAAGGUCAGUGUAACGACCCAGAGUACUGUGAUAUGGUGAGACAAAGAUCGAUAAGACCUACAACAGUUGGGUUCACUGCCAGAUUAGAAGCUAAAAAGAGAUCAGUUAGGAGAUCUGAGCCUGAAUCAUGACAACAGAACUAACCUGUCUCCUCUUUGAAUGGUUUUUCAUAUUCAACUGACUCGCAGAACGUAAAUAGAACCAUAAAUAUAUGGAAGCAUAUUUCUUGGCUUCAGACUGGAUCGAAGAAGGCUUUUUCCAACAAGUCGUUGUACAUUCUGCUGAUUCUUGCGGCCUUUCCUACUCACAAAACGAGAUCGUACAAGUUCAGUAUAUAUAGUGUUUGCAGAACAGCUGAAGAUUAUAUACAUCAGAGUUACACUAGAGAGAUAGCCUGUGUAUUUUCUCUUCUUUUGCUCUUUCAAGAUUGCCAUUAUUAGUCAGAAAAAUUUGUUACUCUCAUUCUCACUCUUAGAAAAAGUACAGAAUUGCAUAGAUAUGGUAGUUAAAUACCGCUUUGUUACU